CGAACACAGCAUCACUCGAAUCCUGAUAUCACGAUCACUAAAGAACAUUGAGAAGAGCAUUUCUUCUAGGAAUCUAUCUCACAGUAUGUGUUGCUUACGACUUCGAAACAGAAAUAUCGUAAAGGGAAACGGAAAGAGGAGAAACGAGAGAAAAAAGGAAGAGGGAGAGUCGGCGGGCUAGAAGAAGAAUCGAGGUGACUUGCAGUUUUCAAGUUUGUACUCGAGUGUUUACUUCAUUUAAACAUCAUUGUAAUAGUGAUACUUUUACAACAUAGAAAUGAUAAAAAUAGCAGAAGAAAUUGAUCUUGAAGAUUAUACCCUAAUACUUCCUUCGGUGGCAGUUGGAAAUGUUGGACAAUUAUCUAUUGAUCUAUUGAUAUCAACUUUAAAUCUACAGAAAAUCGGAUCAAUGUGGAGUUCAAUGUUCCUACCAAUUAUUGGUCAUGAUCCUUAUGACAAAAAGUCUAAUUCCCUGUGUACAGCUGCUGAUUUUUAUCUUGAAACUACUUGUAAAAUAAUAUUGCUACAAUUAAGAUCUCCUUAUGUUGGUAAUUCAACUGAUUUUUAUAAGAAACUGGUACAAUUUAUUCAACUAAAAAAACUUAGCAAGAUAAUAAUUUUAACUAGCAGUUAUGAUUAUGAACGAUUGGAUAGAUCAGAUUCAAGAUUAAGGUAUCUUUCUUCGGAUAAUUCAUUAUUAAAUAAUGAACAACUUCUUCAAUCUCUUCAUUGGAAGGAGCAUACAACAAGGACUUCAGUAGAAUCUACAGAAAACUGUUACAUUCCUGGAGGAGGAUUUGCAAAUGGACUUUACAAUUACCUCAGAUCAGUGAAUGUUCCUUGUACUGUACUUUUUUAUUAUUGUUCGGAAGGAGAUAAUGUUUCUGAUGCAUUAAUGUUACUUAAAGGUUUGAAUCAGUGGUUGAACAUAUUAGAAACUAAUUCUGAUACUGGUAUUAAUGUUAUAUAUCCACCAUCUUGGGAAUAUCUUUUUGGUAACCCACCUGCGCCAGAAAUAUUUUAACUUUCUCAUGUAGUUGUCUAUAAAUUAAAUACUGAUUGUAUAAAGGUUGACUUUAUUUUAUAAUCUAUCAAACUGAAAUCUUUCUAAAAAGGAUUUAUUUAAAAGGUUCAAUUAAUAUAUUAAGUAAGAUACAUCAAAUACAACUUUAUCAUUAUUAUAUUAUAAAAGUGUAUUUGAAAGAAUAUCUAAAUGACAAUAAAUCAUAAUAAGGUAA